GUGCAUGGCAGAAGUCGCAGCAGGCCAAGACUUCCAGACGCUGGAAGGAUGGUGCGAGGAGGCUGUGCGGCGAUGGAACCAAACACUCAGCGGCUCUGGCGAGGAUGAGGGACAGGAGGCUCGUCGCUUCAAGGCUGUCUCCUACACAGUCAGGUUUCUCCUGGCCGUAAUCCUUCU